AAGAGACACUUGAUCCACCUGCUCUACGAACUAUGAGAUCUCCGAAUGAAGUUGAAAGAGGUCGAAUAACGAUUGAACUUUUUGGUGGAGAAGGGAUGUAUAUUACUACAUCAACAAUUGAAUAUGGAUCUUCAGUUGGUUUUUGGGCGAUGGAUGCAAGAAAUGAUUUAUAUAUUAUAACCACAGGACACGGUCUUGAUAGUAGACUUGGUUUAAAUGAAUUAUAUUAUUGGCCAUGGGCGAAUUCCACUGAUCCACCACGAACAUCUAGAACAAAUCUAAUUGGGACACCGAAAGCAUUUAAUGGUGAUAGUGGUGGAUCUUUAAUUUCUUUUGAUAGUCCACAAAAUUUGCGUUCAGUGAGGUUAUGUGGUAUACAUGUUGCACAAAGUGUUAAUAUUGCUGCCG